ACCUCAGUAUCACAUCGCAAGUACUAGUGAGCUGUGGUUGUUCUUUAUUGAGGAAGUUGCGACGCGGUUUCGAGACCAGAAGCGGGAAUUUCGGGCUUUUGGAUACUUUGUCAUUAUAGACCCCCGUCGAUGAUUUAAGCCUUCCUCAGGAGACAAGCUGCCAAGCCGAGUUUCCUCAAGACGAACCGACGGCUCUUUCGCAAACACCUCUGGUGUACGCAGGAUUUUUGUGCCAUACCUGGAAACGUUUGUUUGUGCUGUAUGAAGGCGGUCCGACAUUCGUUCUUCUUCUUCUUCCUCCUCCUCUCGCUAAAGGAACUUUUACGACAGUGACUUAUUCAGUGCCCAGGAAUUUCUGCGAGGAAGUACAGGUUCGGAGAGAAACAGGCUGUGCAUUUAAGUAUCUUUCGGGCUUUCUUUCCAAAAUAUCUCCACCGUAGACACCAUUGGCUCGUUUCGAAACUCUGAGCGCAGUGUCACCUCUGCCACUACAUAUUUCUGGUCAAUGCAGCUACCGGCGAGGCAUUCGUAGUAUGAAGGGGCGGUUGAUGGACAUGAGGCACCAUGUGGCAGUUGCAACAUUACUAACGCUGUCUGCUGUGCUCGGGGGAAAUCUUCAGGAGACAGUGGGCCUUGUUGGCCAUUCCCAGACAUCUGCGGGGCACCUUGAUAUAAUUGCAUCUUCAUCGUCGUCCAGUGAAGACGAGGACCUCCCGCUGGAUGCUGCUGGUAAUACCAGCUUGAAUGGGAGGGAACCCCUUGAUGACUUCCAGAAUUCAUCACCUAACUCUGGAGGUGAUGAUUUAUCUUCUAGUCAAAAGCUCAGUCACGUGAAUCAAGAUUUAAAGUUACCAGCUAAUGAAUCAGCUAAGAGCUCAUUUGUCAAAGUAUCUGCAACUGACCAGUUGGAAUCUUCCGAGUCUCCAGUAAAUGAUGACAGGAGUAAUAUUUCCAGUAGGGUUAAUCCUGUAUCAGAUGGGUCUCCCAAUCUACCUCCAUUUAAACCAUCUCCCAGAGACCCAUACGUACCAUCCCAGGAUGAAAAUUCUGGAACCCCUAUUCUAAGCACAGUCAGUAAUUCAUCUGCAACAUCAGCUCCAUUUAUCAACAAUACAUCACACGUUGAUAGUGGAUCUACAUCCAGUACGUUCACAGAGAAUGCUGCAACACUAUCACCAGAAGAAUUUAAUAGCAACAUAUUAACAAGGUUUAGCUUUGAUGCCCUUCAGGCAACUCAGAUAGCAGAACGAUUAGGAAUUGCAGGAUCGGGCAUUACUGAACUUGAGAGAGAAUUAGCAUAUGACGGAUAUGACUUUGAAGGGCCUGAUGUAUAUGUUGACAGGCCUCACGCUCUACCUCUUCAAAGGAAUGUCCGCAAAACUCCACAGAGGAAAAGGAAUGCUGACUUAUCUCAAGCUACAAGAAGAUUUUUCCUGGGUGACCCUGCUCUUUGCUAUGCAGGAUCUUGUGAAUUUUUUCUCUUUUGUUGGUUGAGUGGAGGUCUCAUUGAUGGUGGAUGUGGAGGAUUUCUCUUUGCUUGCUGCACAAGACCCAACCAAAGAGGACAGAGAGGGCAUGAAAGCUACAGAGAUGACAGCUCAGGUCUCAUCCCCGUUGAUUAUGGGCCCAUUAGGAAUGAUCUUAAUUGUGGUCUUAGCGCCAGUGAUCGUUUGAGUGCACAAAGGAGAAUUGUCGGAGGCAGCGAAGCUGGUUUUGGCUCAUUCCCUUGGCAGGCUUACAUUCGGAUUGGAUCAAGUCGGUGUGGUGGCUCUCUCAUCAACCAGUACCACGUUGUCACAGCUGGACACUGCGUUGCCAAGGCUCGACCAACUCAGAUUCGGGUGACAUUGGGGGAUUAUGUGCUCAAUUCUGAUCAAGAACCACUGGAACCACGUAUCUAUGGUGCCUCUGACAUUAAGGUUCAUCCAAACUUCAAGUUCACACCACAGGCUGACAGAUUUGAUGUAGCUGUGAUCACCCUAGAUUCUCCUGUGCAUUAUGAGCCUCACAUUCAGCCCAUCUGUUUGCCAGAAAAAGGCACAGAUUGGCUGGGCAGUUAUGCUUGGGCAGCUGGAUGGGGGGCAUUGCAAUCUGGCUCCCGUGCAAGACCAAAGAAACUUCAAGUAGUUGAUGUCCCAAUCCUUGAUUCAAGGUUAUGCGAGGACUGGCAUAGACAGAAAGGCAUCAACGUUAUUAUAUAUGAUGAGAUGAUGUGUGCAGGGUAUGGACAAGGAGGUAAAGAUUCAUGUCAAGGAGAUUCUGGUGGACCUCUCAUGAUUCAAGACUCAGGUCGUUGGUACCUAGCUGGUAUUGUUUCAGCUGGUUAUUCUUGUGCAGAGGCAAAGCAGCCAGGUAUAUAUCACAAAGUGUCAUAUACUUCAGACUGGAUCUCAUGGGCAGCAAAUUCUUAAGCCUCACAUCGAGGGGCUAUGUAUUAUCCUUCCUAUCACUUAUGUGAAUUCAUAUCUGGAUGUACCGAAUGAUGGAUAUAUUGUUCAAAAGCAAUUGCAUCAUGCUUCAGAACUUCUUUCAUUGCUGCUGCAAGCCCAUUUCAUUUCUGACAUUGAAAAACAUUGAAAAAUAUUAACAGAUAAAACUAGGUAUUUUUGAAGAAUUAAUAGCUACUUUGAAAACUAUUAUAAGAAUUGUAUUUGUAUAAGAUGCAAAAAACUUUUUUUCACAUGUGUAGCAAGUCGUUUAUUAUUCAUUAUCAAAUUAUUCAGUAUGGCCAUAUCUAAGAUCAUACUGUAAUACAUGAGUAUUUCAUCAUUAAAUACAGUAAAACUAUCCAGGAAUAUUGUUUCAUAAACAUAUUCUUGUUCAAUACCAAUAGCAAUUUUUAUGGAAAGAAAGAUAAUGUACAGUAUUUAUAUUUGUAAAUACAGCAGUAAUUUCAAGAUACACUUAGAAUUUCAUGCAUUUGUCAGUUUCAUACAUUUCACAUUGUAAAGUAUAUUAGAAUUGUUGAAUUGCUGUUUACCAUAGUUUAAUGCCAUUGAUAGAAACAGCCAAGUACCAUAGAAUCCUGUGAUCACAAUAAUAAUUUACCAUAAUUUAAUCUUUCUAGUUCAGUAGUCAUUCACAUAAUACUGCAUUCCAACAGUAUUGCUAUCUUAUUUAUUGUUAUAUCUUAAAACAAAACAAAUUUCGACAUCCUCUUAAAAUUAAAUAUUUGAUCUUAUGAAUUCUAACAACUUUAUGAACUCAUUCAUUCAUUACAAAAUUUUUAUAACUACACUUAUAUAACUACUCCUUUGACAGUAAAAUAUACUAUCAAGUAGAGUGUAUUAACCUUCAAACUAUUAUGAUUGUAUGAUUAACAAAGUUACUAACAGACAGAAAGAAUAACUGGAGUUAUUUACAAUAACAUUUUCAGUAUUGAAUGAAUGACUGCAAAACUGUCUUGUCUCUAGUUUGUAUAUUUGUUAAUCUGUACAGUAGUUACUGGUAUUGUAGUUGCAGUAUACCAUAAUUAUUUAAAAAUACAUUUAGAUGACAUUUAUAUUUUUAAUCAAACAUUCCACGAGGGUCAUCCAUCUCUGUCACUACUCAGGGGUAAGAACAGAUUUUUAGUUUUUUUUAGAGAGCUGACCUUGAAUUUAGAAGUGAAAACAUCUUGCUUACAAUUGAUGUGAAAACUGAUAAAACUGCCAAAGACGUCAAUAUACUGUAUGCAUGUUGUAAUUUUUUAAGGAACAAGUUGUUUUUAGUCAUGUUGAGUACAUUGUUUGAUGUGUAUACUCUUAAUAUGGAGUGAAUGAAGAUACAACUGUGUUUUUAAUGUUUCAUCAUUUCAUAUGCAUUGUUUUAUUGAAAGUAAAAUGGGAGAUCCAUGAGUAAUGAAGUCAGCAGGAGGUAUAAGUAUGUUUUUAAAUGUUACCUAGACAUUGUCAACUGCUUCUUGAAUUUGUAGUAUCAGGAGAACUUGCAAAAUUUAAGCCUGUUAAUUAUAAUUUUGUAUCUUGGGGGUAAGGCAUUACAGCAUUAUCUGUAUGUAAACCUGUAAAUUGAGUUAAUGUGACAAAAUAAUGGCAUUACAAAUUCAUAAGCAGUGUCAGUGUUAUCAAAUGAAAAAUCUGGAUAGUAACUCAAAGACUUUCCAGUCAAUUUAGGAACCUUGUCAUUGGGAAGUGUAGCUAUCAGUUCCACACAAAAAGGAGUUCUGCCAUUUUGCAAUAAGAAGUUUAAAACUUACAGGUUGCAAUAAGUAUACCAGUUUGUUAUUUGGGAAGAAUAAUGUCAAUGUAAAAAUCUUGAAAAUGUUAUAUACAUAUAUCUUAUUGUUUCUUCCUUAUUCGAAGAUUUUUAUCAUUCUUAUUAUCCUUUUCCCAAUUGUCUCCACAUUGAUGUUCUGGUUCAAUCGAGAUCCCUAUAUACUUAUACCGUAUGUUUUUUAUAUCUGUGUAAUCAUAUAAAAGAAUUAGAUGCAAUUUCCAUAUAUGAAAUGUUUUUUACUGAUAUUUAAAUAAUUCCAUGAUGUUAUAUUUUCUUUGUUGUUUUAUUAAAACGGGCUGGUACCGUUACAGACACUUCAGUGUAAAUGCUGUAUAUAUUAUUGUAGAAUUUUUUUUAAAGACAAUCUAAAUAAAGCAUUGUAAUAUA